AUGUCCUCGCCUCCAACCAAGGUCUGGGAACACCCGGACAUCUCAUCCACCCAGAUCGAGUCCUUUCGCAAACUCGCCAAUGAACGACACGGUCUGAACCUGAGAGACUAUCAUGAUCUCUGGCGCUGGUCGACCGAGAAGGAGAGCCUUAAUGAUUUCUGGCUGCUGUUGUGGGAGUUCACCCAGGUCCGGGCAUCGGUCCAUCCGACCUACGCCAUCACCGCCUCCGAGACCAGCAGGCUCACACCCACGCCGACGUGGUUCCCCGAAGCCAGGCUGAACUUCGCCCAAAACAUUCUGGAAAGCGCCUACGCGCCGGCCGACCACAGCGCGACGCCCGUGCUGACCGCCAUCCGCGAGGGCGCCGGCGAGAUCGAGCAUGUGUCGCUGUCGCAGCUGCGGCGCCGCGUCGGCCGGCUGUCCAACGCCCUGACGCGAGCCGGCGUGCGGAAGCUGGACCGGGUGGCCUUUGUCGGGGCCAACAGCAUCGACACCUUUGUGGCCUUGCUGGCCGCGGCCGCCAUCGGCGCCACCUUCACCUGCUGUUCCCCGGAGAUGGGCGAGAAGGGCAUUCUGGACCGCUUCCUGCAAGUCAAGCCCAAGGUGUUGUUCGCCGACGACUGGGUGCUGUACAACGGCAAACGCAUUCCGUGCCUGGAAAAGGCCAAGAAGGUGGCCGUCCGUCUCCGGCGCGAUGCUGGCCUGCAGGAUCUGAUCGUGGUGCCCCGGUUCGGCGGUGACAGUCUCAACCUCAACCGAGCCCAGUCCGAUUCCUCCUUCCACACCCUCGACUCGUUCACCGCCGGAGCGCCGGACGACCUCACGUUUGCUCAGCUGGAGUUCGCGCACCCGCUCGUCGUCGUCUACUCGUCCGGAACCACCGGCCAGCCCAAAUGUCUGGUGCACACUCUGGGCGGUGUCCUGCUCAAGCAGAAGGUGGAGCAAAUCCUCGGCAUCGACAUGACCCGAAGCAGCGUCUACCUGCAAUACACGACGACCAACUGGAUCAUGUACCUCUACUCGGUGUCGGGCUUGCUGAGCGGUGCACGCUCGAUCCUGUACGACGGAUCGCCGGUCAAGCCCAGUCCGCUCAUUCUACUUCAGAUCCUCGCCGCUCAGCGCGUGACGCACUUUGGCACCAGUGCCCAUUAUCUCUCUCUGCUGGAACAGGCCGGCAUCUCGAAACGAGACUUGCCGGCCGGCCUCGACGCCUUGAAAGUCAUCACCAGUACCGGCUCCGUGCUGACCGAGCCCCAAUACUACUGGGUGUACAAGACUUUCGGCCCCGUUCAACUCAGCAGCAUCGCAGGGGGCACGGACAUUGCAGGAGCCUUCGUCCAUGGCACGCCCAGUCUGCCCAUCUAUGCCGGCUGGUGCCAGGCACGCGCACUGGGCAUGAAGGUGCAGAUCUUCUCGGACGACGGCGAGCCGAUCGAAGCCACCGGCGAGCCCGGCGAGCUGGUGUGCACGGCGCCAUUUCCGUCCCAGCCGGCCUUCUUCUGGGGCGACGAGGGCGGCAAGCGAUAUAAGGCUGCAUACUUUGAGAGAUUUCCAGGUAUUUGGCAUCAAGGCGACUAUAUUCGCAUGGACCCGGCCACCCAGGGCAUCGCGUUCCUUGGGCGCAGCGACGGCGUCUUGAACCCAUCCGGUGUCCGAUUCGGCAGUGCCGAGAUCUACAACACGCUCAACAUCUUCAGCUCGAUCGAAGACAGUCUGUGCGUGGGCCAGCGGCGGCCGCAGGAUCGCGACGAGCGAGUCCUCCUCUUCGUCAAGAUGAAGCCUGGCCACACUCUCGACCACAAGCUCAAGAAGGCCAUCGAGACGCGCAUCCGCCAGGACCUGAGUCCGCGGCACGUGCCCAAGUUCAUCUUCGAGACGCCCGACAUUCCCAUCACCGUCAAUGGCAAGAAGACCGAAUUGCCGGUCAAGAAGAUCGUGUCGGGCCAGUCCAUCACCCCGAGCUCCACCAUUGCCAACCCGGCCUCGUUGAAGUGGUAUGAGCAGUUUGCUAGGCUGGAUGGUGAUGGUGUGGGUGGCGCAAAGGUUGCCAGUAAGCUGUAG